UAGCACGAACACACUCGAUGUAUUCGAACAUCAGUUACAAAUAUUGCGUGAAAGUGCUAACACGCGAUUGCUGCGUUCGUGGAAUAGCGCACUUUUUCGUAAUUCAGCAAAAAAUCUACUGAAAAAGCGAGUCUUCCCCAAUUGCAGAAUCGGUGUGUUGUGUGUACUGAAUAUUUGUAUUUUUUUUUAUUGUGGGUGCUAUACAGGAUAAUCAUGUCUACCGCUAUAAUGUCACAGAAUGCCAUGUACGAAUUCGGGGAGAGUCUGAUAAAGGUCGGGCAAAAUAAAGUGUUCUUCCGACAUUCUGUGAAUAACGAGCACUACAACUAUAAAGACGAAAUAAACGGCAUAACACCCGACUCAACUACUACUUCACACAUACCAAUCGGACCAACACAGAUGCGUCUCACACUAACCAGAAUGGCGUCGACUCCCAUUGGCCAGGCCAGUUCGAACCAACUAGCAGCGCUCCUGGAUAAUCUAACCCAACACCGGCGAUUAGAGCGCACUCAAUCAGCUCCUGCGCCGCAAGUUUCAGCCCCCGCGGCGGCGGUUACAGCCACCACAGUCAACACGUCCCGCUAUAAGACGGAGUUGUGCCGCCCCUUCGAAGAGUUCGGGGUGUGUAAAUAUGGCGACAAGUGCCAGUUCGCGCAUGGCAUGAGUGAACUGCGCAGCCUCGCCAGGCAUCCGAAAUAUAAAACCGAGCUAUGUCGCACCUACCACACGGUUGGCUUCUGUCCGUAUGGGCCCCGUUGCCAUUUCGUACACAAUCAAGAUGAAGUCACGAAGCCUCAAAUGUUGAGCAAUAGGCCCGCUUCUGUCACACCGAGAGCAGCUAGACCCGCUGCUCUAAGUCCUUCGUUGUCCCUGGAUAGCCCCAGCCCACCAUGCAGUUUGAGUCAAAGUCCUACCUCGUCGAUGGGAUCGUUCUUCAGCAGCGAACCAGAACUACAUUCCCCUGGUGUCGAAGACCAGAGGUUGCCAGUUUUUAACAGAUUUAUAGAUACUACACAAAUCCUUACUUUGAGCGAUUUGAUAUUGUAGUGCCUAUUUUUUUAUUUCAUUUACUGUGGAUAAAAAUUGGAGCUUGGAAGUUAUUUUUUGUUGACACGUUGAAAAUUUCCGGGAGAGUUAUCCAGAAAUACCUUUUUACAAAAAAAUAUUCAAAAAUAAUUCAGUUGUGGAUAACAGUAUAAUUUAAUCAUUAUGACUAUGUCACCGAUUGGUGAGGUGACUGCUCAAAAAGUUUUAAGCACCAGGUGGCAAGUGGAAUUAAAAAAAUUAUUUAAUAAAAUAUUAUUCAAUGAAAGAAUAUAUAUUAAAUGUUGCUACUUUAUGACUAAUAACUACUGCAAACAUGUUCAGCUUUGGAGCCAAUAAUAUAUUUGUAGGUAAAGUUUCAUUGUUUUGGUCAAUAUUUGAUCGUUUUUAUACAAUAAAUAAAAGCUUAUAAAUAUGUUAUCCUUCAAUAAGCAAUAUCAAUUAAAAUGGGGUAUCUAUAUAUUUUAAAAACAUUAAUUUAGUAAUUAUAUUCACUAAUAAUUUGUCACAUUUUUUGUGUUAGUACAAAAAUCCACUACUUACAAUCUAUUUAUCGGAUUUAUUUGUUAUUGACUUGCGCAAAUAUUACGUUUUUGCUCUUUCUAGAAUAUGAAUAAUGUGCCAUGUAUUAUUUUGUAAUUGCUUCUUGUAAUUGAUUGCGUUUUCUGUGUAUUGGGCGAUCUCAGUGAAAGAGUUAUUGCUAAUAAAUUAAAAUUCACAUAAAAUAUUUUUUAUUACUCUUGUAAGUUCUCAGUAAACCGCAAAUGGUCGAAGUAGAGAUGGAAAAACAACUUAUUACAUAUACAUGUUACAAUAUAAGUGCAUACUACCAACCGAGUUCUCGAUGAUGCAAAGAUUUCGGAUCUGUUCAGCAUUCCCGCUUAGAAUGAAGUAGCAUACACUAUAAUUAUUGAUACCAGCUUUUGUUGUAUUAAUUUCUUGUAAGUUUAGUUUAAUUCGGCAAUAUGAAAGAAUUGUGGCUUUUAAAAAUUUUAUAAACAUGUUCGAGAAGAAAUUUUUGGUUACAUCAAUUAAAAGAUAACUUCCAAGCCACGAUAAUGGCUCCAACUCAGACUUUAUUUAAAUACAGUGUCUUAUUUAUGUUACAAUUAAUCUCGCCAACAUGGCGGAGUGAUUUUGAUAUUGUGUGAUUUUUUUAAAUAUAAUAAAUUUAUAAAAAGGUGUGUUUUAUACGAAUGUUACUAUGUGAAUGUGUAAGUUAGGUUAGUUUUUCAAGUCAUCGGUCGUAGAGUUUUCGUAUUACAUUCCGCGGAUUAUUUAUUAUUUUUAUUACUGCUUUUCUCAUUUAUUGUUCCCUCUUAUCGUGUGCCUAUAUAUCGUCAGUGUACAAGAAUAGUGACGCUUUUUAAAUUGCCUUCAAAUAUUCCCACAUUACAAUAUUUUUUAUUAAAACUGAAUGUAUUUAAUGUAAAUAAAUGUCGUUUAGCCAAAUCAUAACAAUUUUAAAUUUAAUAAAUAGUAAAUCUGCAAACUGUCACUACUUUUGAACACUGCCGAUAUGACCGAUGCAAGAAUCAACAUUUUUUUUUGUUAUUUAAAUCAUUAUUUAAUUUGUGUGUUUUUUCUCAACACGUUUAUGUUAUGUAGUUAUUUUAUUAUUAUAAUUUAUAUGUAACUUAUUAUUUAUAUUGCAAUAUUUAGAGACCACCGUGCUCAUUGUCUCAGUCGGAGCGCGUGGCGUGCUCAUGCGCUGACUGGUCGGGGAGUUCGCAAUACCUGUAUAUUAUUUAUGUAUGUAGCUAAUAAUGUAUCUUUGUAUCAUUAUCAAUAAAUUAUAUUUUGUUCAGUACAAAAAAA